CAAAUUUCUACUUUCCUUAUCUAUCCGAGCAUGGAGUGAGGAAGCACUCAGAGAAACAGACAUGGCGUUACAGCAAUCAGUAUCAUCAUCUACCACCUCGAGAAACGAGCUCGUCUUCCUCAAAACCGUCUUUUCGAAACCCCACUUUCGAGUUGCUUCUUCUCCCUCGUGGAGGACGCCGCGCUGGAAAGGGUUGGGGAGUUUGAAGUGCUCCAUCACAACGACGUCGUUCCCUAAGCCCUCCGAGAUUCCGUGGCAAAAGGAGCUCUGCAACUCCGUCAACCUCAUCGGCAUCGUCGCCGUCCCCGUCGAAAUCAAGCACCUCCCAUCCGGCAAAGUAGUUGCCUGGACCUGCCUCUCUGUCAAGAAAAGCGCCACCCAAACUUCGUUGAUAAACCUCACUUUCUGGGACAAUCUCGCGCUUGUCGCUUCCCAGCAUCUUCAGAAAGGUCACCAAGUUCAUGUUUCCGGUCGCCUCGUAACCGACACCGUAGAAAACGAGGAAGGCAAAACCAACUCCUACUACAAGGUUGUUGCUCAACAGCUGAACUUUAUUGAAAGGAAUCUCUCAAAGGUGCCAUUGCAGGAUCUAGAGUCUGAUGGAAGUGGCAAGUGUUGUGUUAUGUGGAAUGGAUGUAAUCUUGGCUUGGUUUUGUGUGUUUUGCCAAAUAUUUUUCUUCUUGUUUCAGGUAGGAAAGUAAGCAGUGGUACUGGUUCUGUGGUGGAAUUAUGGCAGGCGUUCUUUGCAAACCCAGGGGAGUGGUGGGACAAUAGGAUGACAAAGAGGAACCCAAAAGCCCCUGAUUUCAAACACAAAGAUACAGGGGAAGCUCUAUGGAUCGAAGGCAGAUACACUCCGCAAUGGGUCAGCUCCCAACUGGAAAUACUAGACGCAAGAAUGGGGUCUAAUAAUGGUCACAGCAAUAGUAUGCCUGUACAUAUGGUGCCUGCAGAUGAAAUCUUCUCCUUCUAAGACCUCAUGCCAACUGUUGCCAACGAAAUAUUCAAUUUCAACACUGAAACUUCUUUGUGCAGUUUUCCAUUUUGCUCGUAAUUUUAAACUCUACGAGGCGGCACUGACAAUGGCAAGUUUGUCUUUGGGAUCUAUUUAGUUAGCAAUCAAUUAACUGUUUCGCACUAUCCAUUCCCUGGCCCUGUUCUCCAAUUAUAAUUUAUAUUCUGUAUUGCACUAAUAUAUAUAUUGAUAUAUGUUUGAUUGAUGGUAGAUAAUUAAAUGAGUUGGAC